UCGUUUUCCUUCCUUCUACUUGCGAGGUGACAGACACGAACAGGUGGGAUUCUGUCCCAGCUGCGCCCUUCUCGCGCUGUCCACGCUCCUUACCUAAAACCGCCACCUCCCCAUGCACGUGCGUCCUGUGGGAGGUUCCCCUUACCUCCCUUUGGUUAAACACUCCUUAAAUUGUAACGUUAUCAUAAACAGUCCGGCUUCGGGGGGCCAUAAUCACCUCUCUCGGGCCUUACCGAGACUUCUCAUUGGACGUCAACACGCGACCAGCGCGAGGAGGGGGGCUCCCAGGCGCGUGCCGCUUUUUAUACGGACGCCGCGCCUUGAGACACCAGAAAAGUAGUCUCGCACGCGACAGUCAUUUUCACGCAGUGCAACAACAUAGCAGUGCGUGCCUCCAAAAGUUUUUUUUAAAUAUUGUUAUUCGUUUUAACUUGCCUUACCUUUUGGGUCAUUUGGAAGCAUGGAUGUCCUAAAUGUGGAAGACUGGAGCAGAGGCGCAAACCUCGACCCGCGGCUGCAGAGCCCAGAAGUGGAGGAGAGGGGAGGGGAGCAUCAGCUCGAGGAACCUGGACUGACGCUCGUGGACAGCGGCAAUGACCCACGCGCCUGGCUGGCUCCGGUGCAGCCUUCUGGCACCUGCGCGGCACACGCCACUUCCCCCGACUACCUGCGGCACUCGCCGUGCCCGAGCACCGGCUCCUAUCACGAGAGCAGUUCCCCGGAGUCCUCGGGCUAUCCCAGCCCUCCCAGCUACAGAAAAACUGCCAAGAGCCCCUCCUCUUCCUCACUCAAAGUCCGGGACUUGUGCCGUCUCCAAGGCACGGUGACCGGGCCCGAUGAGGAGACAUCCACGAGACAGAGAGCCCAGUCCAGCAGACCUACCAACGGGGUCCAGAAGCAGAGGCGCGUGGCCGCCAACGCGCGCGAGAGAAGGCGGAUGCACGGGCUUAACCACGCGUUUGACGAGCUGCGCAGCGUAAUCCCGGCGUUUGACAACGACAAGAAGCUCUCCAAAUAUGAGACUUUACAGAUGGCGCAGAUCUACAUCAACGCUCUGGCUGAUCUGCUGCAAGGUCCAGUCUCCAACAACAGCAAUAACGAAGUCUCCAACAACAACAACAACAACAACAAAAAUAACAGCAACAACUCGCCAAAGUGUGACAAUAUGCUUGCAUCCGCCGUUGUUUUAGAGGGGGCAAAGGACAAGGCGUCCCCGUCCCCUCCAACUUGUAGGACAGCGGCGGCUGGGCCCGCCCCAGGUAGCGGCCUACCUGUCCACAUCAGCGGGAUGCCAUUCCGCUCCUCCUUCGACGACGGUGCGUUUUCGGCCCUGGUUGAAGAAGCGAUGCGCUCGCCCUCUCCUUCCUCCUCCACCCGGGCGGGCGGUUCGCUCGCACCGGCCGGGGGUGGGAGGAAGGAGUCUCCCCGCAGCGACGGAGAGUUUUCCCCGCAUUCCCACUUCAGUGACUCGGAUGAAAUAGCGAUGGAGCUCCACUCAAGUGAAGAAGAUGACCUCUCAGAACUCAAGCUGCGCAGGCACCACAACCACCAUAUCCAUCGUCAUCCCACUGUUGCGUUCUGAGCUUUUCCAAAUUAAGAAUAACAGACUUUAUUAAAGGUUCACUAUAGCCCACAGCAACAAUAAUCGCCCGUAAACCGUGUCAACCAUGUAGUCUGUUCUGUUUUAAAUGUUUUAAGAGGAUGGACAAUUUUUGCCUUUUCAAAAAGUCAUGUUCCAUUUUUUAACCACAAUUCUGUUUUUAUCAACUUGCUACAUAGUCUUAUUAUGAUUAUUAUUUUUCUGAAAUAGGCUUAAUUCGGUUCUGCCAAUAGAUGUAGCCUAUGGCCUAUAAUUUCCAGUUUCCAUGGAGACGUGUCUGGAAGACCCCUCUGCCAUGUCGCGCGCAGCACUGCCAUGGGUAUUUCGUCACUCCGACCAAAAAGCUGUCUUCCACAAAACCAUAACUUUAUGGAUAAUUGCUUAGCCUAUAUUUGAUAAUGUAUAAUAUGUAUAAUGUAGCUAUAAUAUUUUUUUUUUGUUUUGAUUUAUAUUUUGAUUUGUUACAGGCUAUAAUGUAUUUUGCAACUUCAAAAGUUAACAAUGUGCACUUUAAAAAUAUAUGAGCCAGAGGCUUAAGAAAUACGAUGUUUGUUUUCAAACCAUAAACAAUAUUGUCGUGCUUUGUUUGAUAGUGUAGAACUGCCAAUUCCAUCCAAAAGGCCUAUUUAAUGUAGCCAUCAACGCUGCCUUCUUUUGUAUUUUCUUUUAUAUCUUCAGAUGAACUUGUGUGUCUUUUACUUUCACUGGAUGAGAUAAAUUGACAUGUAUUUAUUCCUGUUAUGUUUUAUUUGAUUUGAUUUUUAUAACUCCAUAGUUCAAUUUGCUGAAAAAAAGCUACCUUUUUUGCCAUUCAUUGUUAUGUUAAUUUG